AUGGAUAACAAGGGUGCGACGUUCGAUGAACGGGGAACGUCUGAUGCACAAGGAACGUCCGAUGAAGUAGGAAUGCCCAAUGAAGAUAUUGAAAUUCGAGAACCUCGUACAGAUUCGACAGUAGAUUUAUUUGCAAAUAUCGAUAAAUCAACGUUAGACAAUGACGUGCAUAUCAUACCGCCGAAUGAUCUAUACAGUCGUUUUCAUACGGAUUCCACACAGGGUUUGACCAACGAACACGCCGAGCAAGCUCAGAUGGAAUAUGGUUUGAAUAAGAUCACACUACCACCUCAACGUUCUUAUAUUAUGUUAUUUGUAUUGCAAGCAUUUGCUGGCUUCAAUUUGAUUCUAUUGGUAGCCGGUAUAUUUGCAUUUUUAGCUUGGAAACCGUUUGGUGAACCAAAUCCAUCAAUUACCAAUUUAUCAUUAGGCGUUGUUCUAUUUCUCAUUAUAUUAACCACCCCCCCAAA